UAGGAUUCCUAACCUGUUCACUUUUUCUUUUUUUAAAUUUCAAGCCAGCAUGGGAUCCCCAAUAGCGCUUUAGCACACGUUGUCUCCAAAGCAAUGCCCUUAGGAUAAGCAGCUGCUGCGGAUUUGAAGGAAGAAAGGACCAAAGGAAGGAAGAUGUCUGCAUCCUGUCAUAUAAAGGAGAUUUCAUGGAGUAAGUCAGAGGGAUGUCUGGUUGACUUAGAUGACGGCAGCCCUGCAAGAAAUGAUUGGACAGAUAACAGAGAAAAUGAACUGGAGCUGAAGUCCCAUUGGUCUGAAGAAUUUAAGCAACGUGUCCCUGGAGCAUUUAAGACCAAUCCUUUUUGGAAUGUACUGUCAGCAUCCAAUCCUUUUUUAGAUGAUGUAGCUCAGUCAAACAACAGAGAAAAAAGUGACAAGGGCAUAUCUAUCUUAAAAGAAGACCCCUAUUUAUUUUCUAGAGAUCUAAAUAACAGAGACUCUGCUGCUUCGUCUGGAGACGAAUUGAAUCUUGAUUAUCUUUUUCUUCGCAAAUCUUCCCGGAGAUCGGCAAAAUCUCGGAGUGUUUCAGAUCUCUUGGAUAUUGUAGGGACCAAGACAUUUGAACUCCCUUGCACUGCACCGUCCAACCAUAUCCUGCCUCCAAACAGUGAACCUCUUCAGAAUGACCGUGAAGCCUAUAAGACAGCGUGGUUGAAUCAAAGGCAGCUGGCCCGAUCUUGCCUGGAUUUGAAUGCGAUAAAUCAGAGCCCGGGAUGGGCCCAAACCCAAUCUGUAGAAACGCAUAUAGCUUGCAAAGUGAGUCAUGAAGGCGGCUCCGUGCAGCUUCCUGACUCGGAGAUUGCGGUUCAUUUCCCCGAAGGCCACGUAGCCUUUGGAGAAUUCCAAGAGGUUGGCUUACAGGCAAUCCUUGACUCCCCACCGUCGCUUAACCAUGAGUUUUCGACCACUGUGAGCCCACUGGUUGAACUUACAUUAAGUAACCUCAAUACCACCGAAGCCAUUUUGCUAGAAAUGAAAAUUGCAGCCGAGGUGAAGAAGGACCCUUUCAGUCAGGUUAUGACUGAAAUUGUAUGUCUAUGUGGUUUCACUAAAGAGGGUCCGUUUGAAAGAAUAGACAACUGUUACAUCUAUAAAGAUACUAUCCAAGUCAAGCUGACGGACCUGAGUCACUUGAUGUACAUUGUGGCUGUAGCCCAAACCAAUACAGUUAAUUCUCCUGCAAGUGCCUGGGAGUAUAUACACAGAAAGCUCUCGGUUGGGAUUUAUGGACCCAAACAUAUCCACCCUUCUUUCACAGUUGUAUUUGCCCUGUUUGGCCACAACUAUGUCCCAGAGAAACUUACAGUAUGUGACAUUAAAAAGGGUGGAAAGAGCAUGCCCCCGGUGGUUUUCCAGCUCUGGGGAAAGCAUACAUUUGCACUCGAGAAGCCACAAGAUCUCAAUAUUUUUGUGGCCUCUUGUGACCCUGAUUUUGAAGUGAAGGAAGAGGAUCAGGGGAAAGAAAUCAAAGAAGGGAUACUGAAAGGGGGCGGCGAAGUGAUUCACCAACACUUCCCAUUUUCUAUAAUCAACAGAAGGAAAAUACAUCUCUUUGUCUUCCGCGUCCAGGUGAAAGCCCCAAACAACAACCUGGUGUGCCAGUUUUACAUCACAACCCCUGAGCCAGCUCCAAAGCCAUUGACUGGGGUGCUCAACAAGCCAAACCGAUUAGAAAGACGCAAGGCGGUCAACUCUGCGCCACUGCUAUCAACGCCAACAAUUAAAUAUCCAAUUUUUCAGGACAAAGCGUUACACGUUGCCUGCUAUGGCGUAGCUUUGAAGACAGUGUUGCGUCAAAAUAAAAUCGACUACUUGCUGGAAUAUUUUAAAGGCGACACAAUAGCACUUCUUGGCGAAGAUAAGGUGAAAGCCAUCGGGCAGGCUAAAAUAAAAGAAUGGUACGUGGGCGUUCUUAGAAGGAAAGUUGGCCUCGUACACUGCAAAAAUGUCAAAGUGAUAGCCAAAGACCAAGCUAUGGAUAUUGAUGAUAGCACAAUCACAACCCAAAGCCUCCUUGAGCAAAUUGCAUUGCCUUUUAGAAAGCUGACUUACAUCUAUGCAGCAAUCUUAUCCACGGUAUCAGAGAAAAUGAACGAUUGGAAAGCUUUAGCUGAUGCCCUUGGAUUUUCGCACUUGUCUUUGGAUGCUUUCAGUGACGUACAAGCUGAGAAAGAAUCAGAAAAAGUAGCCUACGUUGUGAAGAAGCUCAAGGAGGUCUGCCAUGCUAACAAAAAUACAAGGCGUUUCCUGUACGAGCUGUCUGUUGCCCUGCUGAAGCUGGAUUGCCAAGGAUUACUUGCACGCAUCACGCAAGACACAGUCAUUUUUACGUCUGCUGUGAAGCUUGGGAAAGGCUGGAGAGAGCUGGCAGAAAAAUUAGCACGACUCACAAAGCAACAAAUCGAAGCUUAUGAAACUCCCCACCGGGGCACAAAUGGAGAUGUCCCUCCAGAGAUGAUGUGGAAACCGGCGUAUGAUUUCCUGUACACCUGGGGAGCUCACUAUGGAGACAGUUACAGAGAUAUGUUGCAAGACUUGCAAUCUGCACUGGACAAAAUGAAGAAUCCUGUGACCAAACAGUGGCGAGAAUUAACCGGAGCUCUGAUUCUAGUCAACUGCAUGGAGGUUCUCCAGGCAAGCGCCUUCUCUAAGAUGGAUGAAGACUAGAAGUCAUCUAAUUUAGAAAGGCGCCGUGGAAAUUAUCUUCCUGAAACACAAAGCAGUUAAAUGAGAGCAUUUGCAUCAAGAACCGUUUAGCUCCUCUGCCUGUGAAAAUUAUGCCUAUUGCUUCUGGCUUUUAUGGGCUUAAGCUUUUUUAAAUGAAAAGAUCAAGUCAUUUAUUUUUCAAGCAGGACCAGUUUUCCCUUGCUUUCCUUCUUACUCAUGUCCCUACAACAACAUGUCUCGAAAGGUGUUUGUGUACAGCAGUCGGAAUCUGAACAGCCUUGCAAUGGGCUGCACAUUUUGGGGGGAAGUUUAGCACGGGAAGAAUUUGAGCUGGGCAGCAUAGUUACAUUACUUAUUCAGAGCAUUUUACCUAGAAAUUGUUCCAUCUGCCUGCUAUUGUCAUUCCUGAGAGAACCAGUUAGGGAAACUUUGCGCACUCUUGUGAAUACAUUAUUGCUCUGAGGUAAUUGGAAAAGCUGUUUCAUCACAUGUAGAAGGUACCAUAAAUAUAUCCUUCAUUACUUUACUGCAGUAGCACCCCGGCUUACGUUACCCUUGAGUUACGUAAACUUCGGGUUGCGAAAGUGGCAAACACAGAAGUAUUUCGCCACACGUGCAUGCGCAGACGCACUCUACCGCGCUGCGUGCAUGCGCAGAAGCGGUCCCUCCGGUUGUGGAAACCUCGGGAUCCGACUGGAGCUCCGGAACGGAUCCCGUCUGCAACCGGAGGUACCACUGUAUUCAUUGGGUGUAUAGAUUCCAGUGGAAACGGACUGUCUGAAGGCCUCUCUGCCAGGUAUCUGUAUUAUUGACCCAUGUUUCUUCAUGAAAAAGUGGUCUGUCCCCUUUCUGAAUGUCUUGUGAUAUUCAUUUCCCCCAGCAAACGAGCCCCAUCUCUCAUCCCCAGGUAAUGGGAGCCCCACCUCCAUCUUGCCUUCUUAUUCGGCUCUAAAGCAGAUCCAGAAUUGACAUUCUGUGACGGUGGCGACAUAUUCUUAGGGUCAGUUCUCUGCUCAGUUCUCCACUCCUCAGGGCAAAUGAAACGCAUGGUCGGUGCAUGAUUGUUAUGGAAACUGCCCACUGGCAUAGGAGCGACAAAGCAAUCUGCUCUGCUGCUGUCAUAGUUUCCAAACUUGUAUCCAUAACAUGGUGGUUUCAACGUCCACUUCCGACUAUCAGGCUCUGCUUGAUACCCCUUACAUCAUGAUGACAAAUGAAACCGUUUUUAAUGAUUUUAAAAAAAGUCUGCAUCCACCCAGGUACGUCCAAAGAUAGAUAUUAUUUUUGCACCAUUGCAUGUGUCAAAGGUUUAAUGUACAGAUGCAAUUUAUUCACGUUUUUUACCUGCUGUGUUUUAUUUGUGUGGGCUCUUAAGUUGGGUAGUCCUAGCUUACAAGGGUCAAUGGCAGCUGUUGAAUCACUGACUGUCCCGUUAGCCAUUACCUCUUCUGUUUGUUUGUUUGUUUGUUUUAAUUCAAGAGGUACACAGCACGGCAUUAGGGACCAAAUGUAUUUGCCAUUAUUAUUGGUUUGUGUGCUCUUUAAAAAAAAAUCUGUUCCACUUUUUGUUUCAUUGUAGUAAGAGCAUGGGGGGGGGAAUAUGCAUUAAGAUAAUGUGUGGAUAAGAAGGCCACAGGGAGACUUGGGAAAAAUAAAUAGGCUCUAAACCUCAGUGCCAUUUGUGCCUUGUGCCUUGACAAUCUUACCAUGAUCUCAGCAAAAAAUAUUAGCAGUAUGAAUUAAUGUUGCAAGAAAUGUGGCAGUUAACCACACCUAAUAGUUCUAAUACGUUACACCCAAAACUGCAGAGAGAGAAAGCUAAGUGUUCAUUUUUUUAGUGCGGUGUGCGCUCUGCAUAGGCCCAAUUCAGACACAACAAUCUCAGACCAUUACACCGUGGUUUAUCAGCCAAUGAAAAGCCUGCGCCUGUGUGGUUGCUCUUUGAAUCUCCGCUCCUCUCAUGUUCCUGGCUUUGUUGCUUGAGAUCACGGCUUCUUUGAACCACAGUUUCCUAUUACAUCUGAUCUCGUAAUUGCUGAUUUAAUCUCUGCUUAUCAUGGUUAUUAAAUCACAGUUUCCUGGUGCGGAUGUAUCUGGAAACUGUGGUUUUAAUCAGCCAAGCAUGAAGGGAAGGAUAGGGAGGGAGCGUACAGGUUAAUGGCUCAUUCUCAGACUGGUGAGCCAUGGUUUGUGGGACCAAGAUUGUUAGUUGAAGCUUGCCCAUAGAAGUGAACCAUUCCGCCACUAAGACUGUUACUCUAGGGUAAGGUUAUAGGAUAUGAUUAUAUGCUCAGUUACUGAAACCCAGUGUCUUGUGUUCAUGAAGUUUCCUGAAUCUAGGGAGCUGGAUUCCUUGACAGUAAAACAGAUGUAGGUUUGUAUUGGGGCAUUGUGUUUGGACUCCCUCACACAUUAACAGAUUCCUUUGUGGAGGGCUCCACUUCCAUUUAGGAUGCAGGCAUAAGCAGCCAACAUAGGAACAUGGUACUCUGUGAAGUGGCUGCAAGUGAGACUUUCUUAUAUGAUAUUGGAAAUGGUCCUGGCAAUGCCCGAAGAAAAGACUACAGUAUGUCUUGACGGAAACUUAACAGAGGUUACUGUUCCAGGACCUACUUCAGCAAGCAUGUUGAGGAGCAGAAGGAGGAGUUUGGUACCUAAGGAAGCAAAAUAGGAUGAAAGGUAUUCUCACCUCCUGUCUGCAUUUACUAUGCAUUUCCAUGUAUGUGUACUCAGAAGUGAAUCCUGCUGUUCCCAGUGGUAGGAAUGCCCAAGACCAGGGACCCCCAAACUGCGGCCCUCCAGAUGUUUUGGCCUACAACUCCCAUGAUCCCUAGCUAACAGAAUCAGUGGUCAGGGAUGAUAGGAAUUGUAGUCCAAAACAUCUGGAGGGCCGAAGUUUGGGGAUGCCUGCCCAAGACUGUAGCCUUCCUUUGGGUAGGGGUUGGGGAGUAACCAUCAUUCUUAAAGGGACUGGGUUUCAUUUUCACUAAAUUGGUCUUCCUGGUUUUUUAUAUGAGCAUUGCUCAAUUUUAUUUUGCUUGACCAAAAAUAUAAAGGCCUGAUGUGAAGAAUUCUAAUAGUCUCUGUAUAACAGAUGAGGAAAAUUGCCAACAUUUUGCUUUUAUGGAAGGGAUUCCAGGUUCUUGGUAGGUUUUGACGACAAGGGCACCUUAUGCAAGGAAACGAGGAGCUGAGCAAUCCUCUACAAAGGCAGCUCAUAUUGUGUUCAUUUUCAAAGUGCAGUUUUUGGAACUGAUGUUGUAAUGUUAUUUUCUGAUAUAUUGGUUUAAUACUUUAUUAAAAUAUAUAUGUUUUGUGUAUUUUGAUUAAACUGACUCUUUUAAUUCUGAUUUGGGACAUACCACAUAUGUCACAAGUGCAAAAUCUUCACCACUGGACCUGCCAUUGUAUUAUUGUUUUUAUUUAUUAAAUUUGUUUACCUCCCUUCAUCCGAAGAUGAAACAGGGUGGUUCAUGAUAGAAAAAUACAAAAGGAGAAUACAAAAUACAAAACAAAACAAAACAAGCAAGAGGGAAAACGUCCAACCUUGUAUUAGAUAAAUAGCAUUAUUCUAAGCAGAGAGGAUUUAGAUUUUCAAAGUUGUGUAUGUGUAUUUUAAAUAGUGGUUGGGUGGCCACUUAACCAAUUCUAUACCAGUGGGUUGGAUCUUUGAGGUCCCUUCCAAUUCCAUGCUUCCUUGCGGAAGGGAAGUGGGGGUGUAUCUGUCCUGGGUCGUGAAAUGAGCUCCCCAUAGAUCUAGAAAUUGUGUUGAGUUUCCUUCUCAACCUCCCAGUGUCUCGCGACAACCUAAAUUAGGAUGGUGCCAAAAAUGAAGGGAAAGGAGGGUGUCUGUGACUGGUAAAUCAGAUUUCCCUCUAGGUCUAAUUAGAGGUAACUGCUAUCUAUUUGAGAAUGCCGGUGGAGGAUCAGAACACUGCAAGAUCUUAAAGCUAGCAAGCAAGGAAUAUAGGUCAGGGCAUUUUAAGAAAUAGCUGUGGUUGAUGGCAUUGGGAGGUUUUGAAUAGCACGGACUACAAAUAUGCAAGAAGGCUUUAGAUUUUUCAGAAUUUUCAGUGUGUGCGUUCCCUGACAGCCUGUGCUUUGGCUCACUUAUGUGAAUCUAAAUGAGGCAGCGAAGCUAUAAAUACGCCAUUUUUCAUCCUGAACAUCAAAUGGAAGCAAGUACCACUGAAAUCGAUGUGUUUAGUCUCAAGAUCUAAUUAAGGCUUCCUUGAAGCUCCUGGGUGCGUAACUAGCAAAUAACUCUCGAAAUAACUUGUAGUUUAGCUUCUCCUUUAAAAGGAUGUAUUUUUAAUUUGAACAAGUGCUGAGAUAAGUGGCGUACAGGUUCUUUCUCUGCCUCCCCACCCCCACCCCAAGCUUAUAAUAACUCUCGAAGCGAGCAGAAAUAUGCAGUUUGUGUGUGAUGACAUACACAGCAUUUCUGUACAAGCUAUUAUGGGGGUUCACCUUAGCUGGCUUCUUGGUAUAUUUCCCCCUCCCUCCCUAGUUGAGAAAUUCACAUUUUUUUUUUGUACUGAGACGCUGUUCCAUGCCUAACAUGGGCUUACUUUUCAGUGGAAUACAAAAAGAAAAAAAUAAAUAAAUGCAGGCCAGCCGUUGUCUUCAGAAUAACCCACGAAUAUUUGGUCAUGUCUACGAGACCUGUCAGUUGGCGUCUGCACCAUGAAACAGCUACCUGAUCCCCGAGUCUGUGGAAUUGUGGUUUCUGGAACAAAGCCUCAUGCUACUCCAGUUGACUGACAGUCUGGUGAAUUCCUCUCCCUCUGGAAAACUCCAGUGUCACAGAACCAGGCUGCUCUCACCACAAACGGAUUAUCUCCCCCUGAAUUUGCUAAUCUCUUCUUGACACAGGAGGAUAGGUUUGUUCAGAGCUCCAUAUACGGAGAAUUCAUGCUUUGCCACACUACAGAACCUCGGUCCUCAUUUUAAACAUUUUUGCCAGUCCACGUGAACUUCCAGAUAAUAUGUGACCGUAGGGGCAGUGUGAAGCAAUCCAUCUAAAUGCUCUGGGCUGACUCAAGCACAAUUUUUAAGUAUCAGUGUGGCUUGAUUUAUUUUUGCUGAUUUAAAAAAGAAACAGUUGGAAAGGGAGUUCACUGCAUUUCUGCCAUUCUAACCUUAGUCCAUCUGCGAAA